AUGUGUUCACAGGAAACCAGUCAUAACGUAAACAAGAACCCCAGACUCUUUGAAAUGGAGCAACAACUUAGGAAUGUUGAAAGUGCGUUGAAAGGUGCUGGCAGCAAAAAAUCAACAAUUUCUAAUGACAUCACAUCACUGAAAAGAUCAAAAUCUGUUACCUACGUUCCUGAAGAUGAAGACAGCCUCAACAACUAUGCUGACAACAACCAGAGUCACAACAUUUAUUUGGAAACAGACUUGGACAGAAACAUAACUGAAAACAUAUCUACGAUUAAUGAUUCCGACAGACACAAGGGCAACGUCGUUAACAACAACAACGACAACCUCACUAACCAUAACAACAUUAACAGCAACAUUACUGACGACAUCAGUAACAACAUCAAUAACAACAGCAGUGACCUCGUCAACAAAAACUUCGUCACCAACCAUCCAAGACCGAGUAGACUUUCGGCUUUUGAGAGUUUGAAAAUUAAAAUUCCUGAAAAAAGACAGCAACAGACCAUGAAUGCAAAUCAUGCAAGCCAGUCGAAGAAUUACAACGAACAACAGUACAACAUCGCAAGUGAUCGAAACGUUCGCACCAACGACAACCUAAUAAGCAAGAGUUACGACAUGAACCACAACUUUGAAAGCACUAACACGAGUAGAUCCGUGCUACCUUACAACAAUAACAACGUUAACGGCAUCAAGGGUGGUGGCGCUGAACCUCCCGCAUCUUCCUCCCACAUUCAAACUCGAGCAAGCUACAUUCAGAAAGUUCAUACAGUGGGCCACCACUCGCCCGAACUCGGCGCAGAGUUUGACGAGAACACGAUCACGAAGGCUGUGUUGAGGCCACCACCACAGGUAGACAUCCCGCAGCGCUACAUCCCAGAUCCAGAGGACCUCAACAACAUCAAGAACAAUUUGAAUCCAGUUCAAAAUUAUUUCAAACAGCAAAAGGUUGAACAAAUGAAAAAACUUCUGGCAGCUCAGAGCUUACAGGAAUUCAACUUGAACGAGUUGGCAGCAACAAAUGGCGAGGAUGUGAACGAGAGGAUCAGGCUGGAGUUGAAGGAGAGAGAGGACAUCCUAGACAUGAAGAUGAGCCUGGCAAAACAAGUCACCGAGAAGAGCAGACACUUGGCAGGAUUAAAUGUGGCCAACGUCUUUAAAACAAUCGGCGGGAAAUCGUCUGACGUUGGCAUUCAGAGCACAUUUUCAUUAAGUUUUCUAGAGCUUCGCUGA